GGAGUAAACCCUCUCGCUUUGCCUCUUCCUCUCUGAUAUAACUGGCUAGCCAUCUUCUUGACAAGAGUAAGGUAGGCGCUGUUUGGAAUGUCAGUUCCAUGAAGUGGGAAAUAGUGACAGUGUAUUCUUGGAAAUGUGAUUCAAUUACCUUUUAAACAAGUGUUAGUAUUGAAUAAUUUUUAAUUCGCAAGUCAAGAGGGGAGAGUAGACUUGAUCCGCAUGAUGUCUUACGUACUUGUCCCAACGUAGAGCAGUGUUGCAGCUAGCAAGCUAGCCAGCCAACGUUAGCACUUUGAGUGGAGUGGAGGGGUACGGGCCCGCCUCAGACUAAAGUAGCUCCUGCAGCUGGGGAGCUCUCUCUGCGACAGCGGCCAUCUGACAACUACGGAGUCGGGACAUUACUUACUGGGCAGGCCGGUUCUGACGGAUCAAAGCUUUGGAUCAGUUAUUUAAUUGCUAGCUAAUUAUAUUGGCAAACGCCGCAUUGCUUGAAUUGAGAGGGUCGGUCUUCAAUGUUAUGAACUCGUAAAAUGCAACAGGAGAGGAGGUAGGAUGACAUACUCGUCUUGAUAAUAGAAUAACUGAAAUCGAUGCAAAUACGCUGUUUCAGAUAGCCAUUUGUCAGCUGAUACUAGCCCACUCGCGUUUGACGCAGGAUAUUUAGACUGGAGUUGUAAACGCAGGCUCUCAAAAUGUCUAAAAUGCCGGCUAAAAAGAAGAGCUGUUUUCAGAUCACAAGUGUGACACAGGCUCAGGUGGCGGCCAGCAGUGCCACGGAUGACACAGAGAGCCUGGACGACCCAGACGAAUCACGGACUGAAGACGUGUCUUCGGAAAUAUUCGACAUGUCCCGGGCUGACUACGAGCCGGAGGUAUGUGAUCGAAGUUCAUCUGAGGAAACCCUAAACCAUGUAGGGGAGCAAGAGGCACCUGGCGUUAUACCUCAAGUUGGGCAGCUACCUGCAAUGUUGGGUCCCCCAAAUGAGGGUUUUGCUAUUCGAAAGGUGGGAGUGGCAGGCUCUCUGGGAACUGGUUCCUCAAGCGGCCUCCCUACUAUCUCUCAGUCCAGGCUCGUGCAACAGCCUGCCCCAGUGACCAGUGGGGUGGCUACCAACGUGUCAGUGAGCACAUCUCAGCCAGUAGUAACUAGUUCAACCCCUACUUCUACGACGUCGACAACAAGUUGCAGUUCACGCUUCAGGGUCAUCAAACUUGAUCAUGGUACUGGAGAGCCCUUCAGAAGGGGCCGAUGGACUUGCACAGAGUUCUAUGAGAAGGACUCGGAGGGUAACACAGUGGUUAACAGGACUGCGGAUAACAUUAGGCAUUCCAAUGCGUUGGACCCCAGCGCCGACAGGGACAGCGGGCUGGGGUUGACAGGUGGUUCGGUGGUCGCACCGGCGACUCUCUCAGGCCAGGGCCUAGACUCUCUAGUGGAUGCUGCUGCACUUAGUGCCUCGCACAUUCACCCAGUGGACACACUGCUACAGCAGCAGCAGCAGCUCCACCACCAAAACUACAACAUGGGGCAGCCUGGAACAGCCACAGCCAAUGCUUUCCCCACCAACAAACCUGUGGCUGUCUCAGUUCAGCAGCCAGCACCGGGCACUAUCCAACCCGCUGCCCCCCAGAACCUCCUUGUGGGGUUCAACGGUCUGCCUCAAACUGGCAUCCACAUACAGAAAUCUCAUAGCGUUCCCCCGGCAGCCCAGACCCAGCCGCUGGCUUACCCUCUCCAGCAGCAGCAACCCAUUCUACAGCAUCUUCCACUGGGACAACAUCUAUCCAACCAACCCCCAGGCCUGCCCCAGAACCAGGCGGACUACUACCAACACCACCAACCUGUCAUGGAGGCAGUGGUGUCGGCUGGCCAGACCCUUUCCAUGACCAGCCUCUCCAUGGGACAACCUAUGGGUCAGGGCCCAUCGCCGGUCAUGACUCUUGCCGCCGGGGUGCCGAUGCAGGGCCAGGUAGGGGAGUUGGCAGCAGCGGAGGGAGGAGUCCCUUUACCCCUUAGUCAGCCAGCUCCAGGCUUGAUGGGUGCAGUUAUUGGAGGUGUUGGGGCCUCCACACUGCUGGGCAGAGCCUCUACUCUGCAGCAGCCUGUGUGUCAGUAUGCCCCCACAGGGAUGCCUCAGCCCCUCGGGCUCCACUCCAUGCCCCCCAGUGCCCAAAACGCGCCUACCGCCGCCGUAGCCGUGACCACCAGCAUCGCCGGCAUGCCCACCACUGUGCCCAGUGCCUCCAACACUGCUGCAGCAGUCCCUGCCACCAUGUCAAACCUGACCGCCUUCUUGUUGCCUGGGCAACAGGCCCCCACGGCCUGCAAUGGCGGGGGGGUGCAGGACCUCUUGGCUGCCGGGUUUGACCAGGUGGAGGAGGGCAGUAGGAAGGUGGAGGGCCUCGCGACGGCCCAGCCUCCCGCCAUCGCUGAGAAAAACCUGAUGAAGACCCCAGAGGGCCUGCAUCAGGCUGACAACCCCUCUGUGAACAGCCUGUUUGGAAUACCCAUACAAAUGGACUGGGACGAGGACAGGAACCCCUCCAUUGCGUUCUACCAGGCUUUCCAGUCUGGCAGCAGGCUGCGGGCCCACAGUGAUAGUGCCUCUGGAGCCAGUGUUGUUGCCAUUGAUAAUAAAAUAGAACAAGCCAUGGACCUGGUGAAAAGCCAUCUGAUGUAUGCAGUGCGUGAGGAGGUGGAGGUGCUGAAGGAGCAGAUCAAGGAGCUGUUUGAGAGGAACUCUAUGCUGGAACAGGAGAACGCCGUUCUGAAAUCCCUGGCCAACAGCGACCAGCUGUCUCAGCUCUCUGUCCGGCCGGCCGACACAAACUCCUCUUGCAGCACGACUCCACAGCAAGGGGUGGGCCAAGGCCAGCCGCAACUACAACUACAGGCUCCACCGCAAGCCCCGCUUCAAACACAGCCUCCACUCCAGGCCCAGUCCCAGCAACUUCAAACCCAGCCUCAAGUGCUGCUCCAGUCCCAGCAACUACAGCCUUUGUCUCAACCCCAGCUCCAGCUUGACACCAGCCAGCCCCCGCCUUCGCAGCAACCGCAGCCCAACUUCAACUCCGCUUGAAGUGCACCCUCCCUCCCUAUCGAGAGGGGGGAGAAAAAAAAGUAAAAAAAACAUCCUCCAAUUCUAAAUUGGCAUACGAAGCAAAAAACAAUAUUGUCUUGUUCGCCACCAGCUUGACCUCCACAUCCAAGAGCAGUGCUUCACUGUGUCUGUGUGUGUACUGUAUGCCGGCUGUUCGGCCUUCCCAGUGUUAAUGCAAUCAUCGUGAGAGUAUGAGCGAGAGAAAGGGGGGUAGGUAUUUCUUGUGUGGUGCCAUGCUGGAGCUUUGACUGACCCCCGCCCCUCCCCACCCAGGGGCAACACACAAAGGGAGAGGGGAUACUCACGAGGACAAAUCAUCGUGUCCCAGAUUAUUUUUUAUUUUUUUUCAGAGAAUCGAGUCGAAGGGGUUUAUUUUUAGCCUUGCAGUUUCAUGUUGUAAGUAAGUGGGAGAGAUCUAUUUUCGGAGCCGCGCCACCAUUUCUUCUUCGACAUAAGUCCAAUCCAUGCAUCAGUCUCUAAAGUUCUACUGUUAAUGUUUAUUUAUUACUGGGCUGCUAUUUUCAUAAAGGAACAAUGUCUCACAAAAAAAAAACAUGUAAAAAAAAUA